AUGAGACGCUAUCGGACAGCAUUUAGCCGUGAACAGAUCAGCCGAUUAGAAAAGGAGUUCGCACGUGAGAAUUAUGUAUCACGGCCAAAAAGAUGUGAAUUGGCAACACAACUUAAUUUACCUGAAGGCACUAUAAAGGUAUGGUUUCAAAAUCGCCGUAUGAAAGAUAAAAGGCAGAAGAUGGCAUCUCUACACUGGCCAUUCUUCGAUCAUCACAUUACUGCAUAUUUCCUUAAUCCAUUUUGUUAUGAAGCUUGGAGGUCAUCUCUGAUACCUAAAUUGUGUGAUCCGAGUACUACACGCCCACUUCUCGCUACCGGUGGAUCAAUGCUCGGGUCAGUAGCAAUAGGAACAGGAACAAAUGUGGGAAUAGUACCUCGACCAGCAAUACAUGCCAAUCCAGCUGCUAUUAGCGUUGAACCAGUUGAAACAGUUCAAGACCGUAUCCAAGAACCACUCGAAUCCAUUCCUCUACAGUCACCUUCUGAAUCAAAGUCAAUCUUAUGA